GUCAGUGUCAGCAGCAACGCUCGGCAGUCUGACAGAGAAUGGGAUUAAAUAAUAACAUUGCUAUGUUUUGGUGUAAUAACAUCUGAAGUAAACUAACGUUAGGUUUAUAGACCACAAUCAUGAAGAAAUCGAAAGCAAUGCUUAAAUUCAGUAGGAAACGGCUCCGUCAUUUAAAGCUGCCCGAGGAGAGCGAGUCGGAGCAGCGCGCGCAGAGUUGCUGCGUGGUGUUGUGCACCAACACACAGACCAACAGCGACCUCACGUUCCACGCCAUCCCCGACGCCGAGGAGGACACGGAGCGGGCGGACCGGUGGCUGAAGGCGAUCCGCGCCGUCAAUGGUCGGUGGUGGCAGAAGUUCCCGCAGAGCGUGGUGUGCGCGGAGCACUUCGUGUCGGGCGCUCCGUCGCUGGACCCCGGCGACGUGGACUACGCUCCCUCCAUCUUCCCUGAGGACAGCUCCGCAGCGAGGAGCAGGGCGCCGCAGGCGGACAACUCGCAGCCGAGGCACGGGGCGUCGUACACCGCGGCGGCGCACGUGCUGGGCGCGCUGGUGGCGGGGGCGCGCGCGGGGAGCUCGCUGUGUUCCUCGCAGCUGUACCGCCGCGUGCUGCGCGACCUGCGCAUCGGCGUCAACGUGGGCACGCUGCACGCCGCCUGGGUGGGCGCCCAGCGCGCGGCGCUGCUGCAGGUGCGGGCGGCGGGGCGGCGCGGGGACUGGGCGGGGGUGGAGCCGCCCCCCUUCGCGGCGCGCCUGGCGGACCUCGUGCUGCUACACACCGACGUCGACGGACACAGACUGCUGCCCCCCGCGAGCGAGUGGUGCGACGAGGAGUACCGCGCGCUGGGCACGCUGUGUCGCCUGGUGCGGAGACACGGCGCCGAGGUGGGGGGCAAGCCGGGGGUGAAGGCGACGGGGCGGGGGCUGCGCGGGGCCGAGCUGGAGCUGCGCUGGUCGCGCGUGUACGCCGGGUACCGCGCCACCGGCCGCACGGCCUCCGUCAUCGUGCUGCAGCGGCGCUGGCACGAGCUGAAGCUGCAGGCGCGCGAGGCGGGCGCGCGCAGCCACCUGCACCGCGCCGUCGCGCGCCAGCACCCGCACGUGCUCCGCGCGCCGCCGCGCGCCUGGAGGCAGCUCGUGCUGGACGGGGACGUGCUCAAGCUGCCGCGCCCGCUGCCGGACGAGGCAGUGUCGGGCCCACUGCCGGCCGACCCGGGGCUGGACGACCUGCCGCCGCCCGGCGACCGCCCGCCGGACGAGGUACCGCCAGGCGAUCCAGUGGACGGCAAUGCCCUGCCAGUGGACGCUACUACGUCAGCGCAGCUCGACAACGCAGUGAAAAUAGAAUUCCAGCUGGAGUCCUCCCCGCCAGAUUGCAUCAAACAGGAGCCACAAGACACGUAUGAAGAAGAAGCGACUAGUGUAGAGGGAGAGCGCGUAUGGCCGUCACAGACGGGUGCGAGCGAGACGGAGCACUCGAGCACCUUACACUUGCUGCAGUCACUGGACCCGAGCGCGAUGCACACCGAGAUAUACUACGAGAGCGACGACGACGACGACGACGACGAUUGUGAACCUAAUGCGCUAGAGAAUAAAGUCGAGGUUAAAGUGGAGCCGGCGCGCAGCGUGCGAGACUUCAUAAAGUUCGAGGAGGACCUGGCGGAGAGUGACGUCACGCGGCUCGCGGCGGAGGACGCGGGCGGGGGGAUUGACCCCAAGCUGCUGAUGGACGCGCGCGUGCAGCUGCAGCGCCUGCCGCUGGACCGGCUCGUACUGGGACCCAGCGCUCGGCCCGCGGCGGGAUCCAGUUCCAAGCCCGCACCGGGAUCCAAUUCCAAGCCCGCAGCGGGAUCCAAUUCCAAGCCCGCAGCGGGAUCCAGUUCCAAGCCCGCAGCGGGAUCCAGCUCUGACCAGGGUGUAGAGCGCGGCUGGCGGCGCGUAGAGCUGCCAGUGAGUGGCGGGGGCGUGGGGGGCGCAGGCGGGGGGCGCAGCGCCCCCAUGGCCGCGGUGCGCCCCAUGCGCGUCUCUCCGCCCGCACAUCCAGUAGAGUCGGACGACAACGCGGAGCCCGCGUCCAAGCGGCGGCGUGGUGAGGCCGGGUGUGACAUACCCGCUGCACCGACGUCGCCGCCCCAUGCAACAUCGGCACCGACGUCAACGUCAGCGACGAUGUCAUCGGCAGCCGACACCGCGGCCGAGCACAGGCGUGCCGCGCGGCGCCGCCUGUGUCAGCUGUACGCCACCUUCGCCGCACUACUGCCCGAGACAGUGACGUCGAUACCGAGAUCCCGCUCCGAUACCGAGAGACCGCCGCCGUCGUCCCGCGCGGCCGCGGGUACAUCCGACAGGAAGAGCAAACCCAGGCACCGAACCAACAACCCGCCACCCACCGGCCUCAGUACACCGUGCAGUACCAGUAGUCGUACAGACACCACGGAACCACUCGCGGCCGGUACAAGUACGCCAGAGAGCAGGACAUGUAUGCAGCUCAAACAUGAAAGUACGCCAAGUAACGAUACUCCGGAGUGUAGUGCAAGUACACCAGUGUCCCGGGACAGUAACAUUAUAAAACCUGAGCCCAUGACUACGGCCACUGCAACUGCGCCAGCGACUGCUCGAAGUAAACGUACCAACAGUACAAUAUCUAAUAUUACAGAAACUGACAAAAGUACGCCAGUGUGCAGUACCAGUCCGCUGAACAACAAUGAAGGUACGUCAGCGCCCAGCAGUAGCACAGCGGGCAAAGGUGAAGGAACGCCAGCGCUGAGUACACGUACGCCAACGAAUCAAAAAUUCACGCGGUUUAAUGUUAAAAGUGCGCCGCCGCCCAGUAGUAACUCAGUAAACAGGGUAGGUACGCCAGUGCGCCGCAACGCGACGCUGAUUAAGUCGACUGCUACUGUCGGGAUCUCAGUGCUGGGCCCGAUGACGCCCAAUACUGCGCCGGCGUCCAUCGUACUGGACACUACGCCGGCCUGCAGCAACACUGCGCCGGACACACCGAAGCCAAAGAACUCCACCCGCCGCGGCAAGCCACGCGCGGGGACCGCUCCGCUGCAGGCGGGGGUCGCAGUACAGAAGGCGCCGCCCGGCGACGUGACUCGUCUGGCCGGGUACGACGAGUGGCAGCGGCAGAAGGCGGCCACCGCGAAGUACUUCCACAUCAACACCCCCACCAACGUCAAGCCCCCCCCGCCGCCCCCCACCACGGCGUCAGCGACUCCGGUCCCAGCGCCGCCCAAAAUACCGGACUUGAUCCCGCUACCGACUCGGGGCUCACUGCCGACCGGGGCCCCAUUACCGACCGAGAGCCAGUUAACAAUCAGGGCCCUGUUACCAGCUGAGGCCCCGCUACCGGCCGGUGCCCCGCUACCGGCCAGUGCCUCAAUACUGCCUGUUGCCCCGUUACCGACCGCGUCCCCACUACUGCCUGGUGCCCCGCGACCGGCUAUGACCCCGCUACUACCGGAGACCCCGUCAGCUCCUAUGACCCCGCUGCAGGCUCUGGCCCCGCUGCUGGCCCCCGGCCAACCGGCCCCCGUCGUGGUGGUCAUCCAGAACACCAUUAACAACGUGUACGCCCCCGCCCCCGCCCCCGCCCCCGCCCCCGCCCCGGCCCCCGCCCCCAACACGAACACGCUGCGACACGGCGACUGCAUCGAGAUCUCAGACUCAGACUAGUCUCACACACACACACACACACACACACACACACACACACAAACACACACACACACACACACACUCUCUCUCACACUACAAUAUUGUUAUAAUGUAACAUUAAUGAAUCACACUAUAAUAUUAUAAAUGUGAAAGUUUGUUUGUUUGGAUAUUUGUCGGUCAAUCACGCUGAAACUACUGAACGGAUUUUGAUGAAAUUUGGUAUACAGACAGGGUAUGAGCUGACUUGGGUUAAAGGAUAUUUUUUAUCCCACGGGAACGCGGCAGUAGCUAGUAUACUAUAAGUCAGUAUAAAUGUACUGUGAGUGACUGCGCGCUGACGUACGUGCGAUACUUGCGGAAUGUAUGGCAAUGUUUGUACAGGACGGUUGUGUAAGUAAAUGAUUAUGUUGUAGUAUGUUGGAUCCAAAGGUUUCAUUAGACAUGUAUCGCAAUAUAGUAUAAGUAUAGUAAUCUCUGAUCCGGAGCUGCGGACUACCUAGCGGUUUACCGGGGCUCCGGCUCGAAAAGCAGGAGAAGGAAUGGGGUGGUUUUUAGUCAGUAAGAGUCUGACACUCCCUCUCGCCUCGCCCAAGGCAGGAGAAGUCAUUGAAUGAUUUUCCCCCUCAAAAAAAAAAGUAUAGUAAACUGCUGUCAGUAGUAAAAUGGAGUGCAGCAGUACUGUGUACUGCGCGCUAUCACGACGUGUGUUCAUAGAUAACACACACAACACACAUACACGCGACGCAGGCGGCGCCGGGUGACAUCGUAACAUAAACAAAGCAAUAACUCUCCACGGAACUGUCCCCGCGCUCGUGUCGCCGUCGCGUGAUACCCACCGCUGGUAAUGAAUCGAGUCAAUUGCUGUUAGACACAAUAAAUAAGAUUUACUAAUUAAUUAUUUAAUAUAACGAGUGAUAAUUUAAUAAUUAUGGAAUAAAGAACUUUACUGUA